AGGUUACACCUCCUUGCUGUGACAGAGCUGCUACACUAACGGUGCAAUAAGUGUAGGAGGAACCCAAAGUAAUGGGGUGUUGACGUCUUAUCUGCGAAGUAGAGGUAUUCGGGAAAUACACACCUUACUGAAGGACAUAAGGCACAGACAUGAAAAUACGUCCAUCUUUCACAUUCUAACAAAGUAUUAAGGCGAAAUCUUAAAAUGGCAGCUCACAAUCAAUAUCGAGCUUCCCAGUACAGUAACGCGCCGCCGGAUCAAGCUUUUCUGUGGGAUAUAUUUCGGAGAGUGGACAAGGACCAGAGUGGCGCCAUAUCGGACACUGAGCUUCAACAGGCCUUAUCAAAUGGCACCUGGAUGCCCUUUAAUCCUGUGACCAUCCGAUCUAUCAUAUCCAUGUUUGACAGGGAGAACAAAGGUGGCGUGAACUUCCAGGAGUUCUGGGGUGUGUGGAAGUACGUGACUGACUGGCAGAAUGUCUUCCGCAUGUACGACAGGGACAAUUCGGGAUUCAUCGACAGGGCUGAGCUCAAACAGGCACUGACAGCUUUCGGCUACCACCUGUCAGACCAGUUUUAUGGCAUCCUGAUUGAGAAGUUUGACAGACAGCGACGGGGACAGGUGGCCUUUGAUGACUUUAUCCAGUCUUGCAUUGUACUACAGAGACUGACAGACGUGUUCAGGAGGUAUGACACCGAUCAGGAUGGCUGGAUUCAGAUCUCAUAUGAACAAUAUUUAUGCAUGAUCUUCAACGUUAUGUAGCAACACAAUGGAGACAGCAGGACCGUUCACUUUCCAAAAGCCAAAGCCACCACACACAUCUCUUCCUAAAACAACCAAUCGUCAAUGGGUCGGGUAGCUUGGUAAAUGUUUGGUCCCUGAUUAAUCAGUUAUAGACGGUCUGUUGUAUUAUGUUUGGUUUUAUUACAUUGUUUUGUUAUGUUC